AUGGAGAAGAUCACCCGAAAGGUCGAAAAGGUGAAGGACGAGUUCGCCACAGAUGCCAGUAUCGCACGAGCUCGUGACUUUGUCGUUCAGGGGGCACCAAAGCUUCCAUCAGCCGCGGGAGUCUACCUUCUGGACAAGGUCCCCAUCGUCCAGUGGCUUCCUCGAUACAAUCCGAAAUGGCUCAUCACCGACUUCAUUGCUGGUCUGACCGUGGGCGUCAUGCUCAUCCCGCAGUCUCUAGCUUACGCAAAGAUCGCAACUAUUCCUAUUGCCAACGGCCUGUACUCAAGUUGGCUUCCAGCUGCGUUUGCAGUUUUCAUGGGAACAUCAAAAGAUCUUUCAACCGGACCGACCUCCAUCUUAGGCCUCCUGACAGCUGAAAUCGUGCGCGAUCUCAGUGAGGAAGGAUUCGACAUCUCAGCCAUUGCCUCAUCCGUUGCCCUCAUGGUCGGAGUCUACUCACUCGUCAUCGGUCUCUUCGGCCUCGGAUUCCUCCUGGACUACGUCUCAUUCCCAGUCCUCACCGGAUUCAUCUCAGCCGCAGCCCUCGUCAUCGCCUUUGGCCAAGUCGGAUCCCUCGUCGGCCUGACAAACGUGCCAUCCGGUGUCUUCAAUGUUAUUGGCGAUGUCCUUCGUCGUCUGCCAAAAUGGGACGGCGCAACGUGCGGAAUCGGUUUCGGAACCCUGCUCAUUCUCGUCAUUCUUGAGAAGGUGGGCAAGAAGUACGGCAAGAGACACUUUGCUAUCAAGCUCCUCGCCAAUUCCAGAGCCGUCAUUGUUUUGGUCGUCUUCACUCUCAUCAGCUACCUCGUCAACCGCAACCGCGAGAAGUCAGACUACGCCUGGAAGGUCAGCCAAGUCAGCACCCACGGUAUCACCCACCCCAUCGUACCCGCCUCGAACUUGGUCCAGAAGGUCGCUACCAGAGCCGUUGCUCCCCUCGUUGCCAGCACCCUUGAGCACUUGGCUGUCGGCAAGGCGUUUGGCAGGAAGAACAACUACCAGAUCGACCAGAGCCAGGAGUUCAACUACUUGGGUGUCGUCAACAUUGUCAACAGUUUCUUCAGCACCAUGCCUGUCGGUGGUGCCAUGUCUCGAACCGCUGUUGCCUCUGAGUGUGGUGUCAAGAGUCCUCUGACUGGUGCGGUCACCGCUGCCUUCAUUCUCUUGACGCUUUACGUCUUAUCUCCGGCCCUUUACUGGCUUCCCUCUGCAACUUUGUCGGCAAUCAUCAUUAUGGCAGUUGUCCAUCUCUUCGGUCCUUUGUCCUUGUUCUACAAGUUCUGGCGCAUCUCCUUCCCCGACUUUGUUGCCUCAAUGGUUUCUUUCUGGGUCACCAUCUUUGUCUCAGCCGAGAUUGGCAUUGGCGUUGCUGUCGCAUGGAGCAUCGUCUGGACUCUCCUCCGUUCCACCUUCGUCAAGCCCGAAAUCCACUCCAGCAGCGCAGAAACCGCCACUUCUAUCCCACAACCCAUCACCCGCAUCACCAGCGGCGGCGGUCGCCAAGUCACAGAUGAACGCAUGGAGAACGCGCGCAUCUCCAUCCCAGGCGAUGCCAUCGUCGUCGACUUCAACGACGCCAUCUUCUUCCCCAACGCCGAGCGCGCAAAGACAUCGACGCUCACGGCCAUCAAGCUGGUAUACCCGCGCGUUGAGAGCAGCCUUAGCCAAGACGACAGAGAAAGACACUGGAGCGUAGCAGCAGAGAAGCGCCUAGAGAGAUUGAGAGCGCAAAAGCAGAUUCGUCUCAAAGAGACGCCGCUUGCUGUUGUUGUAUGGGACUUCACCAUGGUGCCAUUUAUCGAUACAUCAGGCAUCAUGACGUUGAAGGAGCUUAAGGAUGAGAUUAAGUUGCAUUCUGGCAAGGGUGUGCAGAUUCGCAUGGUUGGCAUGUCAGACAAGGUUCGGAGCAGAUUCGUAAGGGCCAACUGGCAUUUGGUCGAUCUGGAGGAGUGGCGAGAGGAAGACGCGGACCUGGUGUACCCGACCAUGGAGACUGCAAUUUGGGAUCGUGAUGACGGCUCUGGAGCGGACAUUUCGAGUGAGAAGAAGGGCUGA